UCCCUCGUGACGUCGGCAACCCGGAUUGGACGCGGAAGGUGGCAGUUCUCCAUUGCCCAGGCGACUGUGGCAGGGUUUUUGCUGGUGUAAACAGUCAGGGUGGAGGAGAGAGAGAGAGUGACCCCAAUUUAGCUGCACCAGCAACCCCACAGACCCCUGGAUAGUGGGAAGCCAGGUGUUGGGGGCCAUGCCAGCCCCCCGACAAUGUUCCACAUUCCUGAGUACCAUGAUGAAGAUGCUUUCUCAGCUGUAGGAAGGGACUUGCCGGACCACAAAUUGAACUGGCAGGAAAUUGCAGGAGACGGCAAAGAACCGGACAGUUCAGUACACAGUGAGACCACCGGCACUGGGGCCCAAGAGCUGAGGCACCGCAUCGGAUCGGACCCUCCCUUGCCGCAGUCAGAGCCGCCAGAUGAGGUGGGCACUUUCCGGGGCCGUUCACAGUCUGCCCCUCCUAUCCUGUGGGCUGCCCAGCGAUACGGGCGGGAACUGCGGAGGAUGAGUGACGAGUUCGACUGGACACUGCAAGCCAUCCCCAAGCCCUUGAGCGCAGUGACCGCCUCACAGAUGUGCCAAACAUCAGGCUGGAAGGAGACCCUAAAUUCAUGGUUGCGCCGGAGUUCCCCUGGACUUCCCAGAAGUCCUCCAUGACCAAGAUUUGCUGCUGUUUUAAUGAACAAAAGAGGGGUAUGUGUGUGAGGGGUGGGCAAUAUGUAGGAUCUAUGUAGCAUGUUUUCUUAUCCCGAAGUACCCGGGAAGUGUGAGAACCGUUCCUCUGCACCUCCCCGCAGUUCCUUCGGAAGGGGUGCCAACUUUGCCUCACACUAUGACGUGUAACCAGUUUACUUCCUACCCCCAAGUACUUUUUCUUUUUAAAAAAAAAGCAAAAAGCAAAAAAUAUCGUAUGGAUAAUUAGGCCAUAAACCCUGGAUUGUUUUUUUUUAAUAUGAAUAAAAUUGAAAAAAGCCUUUAUUAAAA